AAUUCAUGGUUGAGAAUCCCACCGACAUUCUUAACGGCAUAAACGACCUUCCCAAAGCGGAAAGCGGAGUGUGCAAAGGAUGGAUCAUGAAUCCUUCAGAUGACGUGAAAGAGGAGUACCCCGGAUCGAGUUCAUCCCCGUCCAGUGACCCACCGAUGAUGCCACCGCCACUACCGAUGGAGGGGCUUCAUGACCUUGGUCCUCCACCAUUCCUAAACAAAACCUUUGAUAUGGUGGAUGAUCCAACUACUGAUCACAUUGUUUCUUGGAACAGAGGAGGUCAGAGCUUUGUGGUUUGGGACUCAAAUGCCUUCUCCACCAACCUCCUCCCUAGAUUCUUCAAGCACAACAACUUCUCAAGCUUUGUCAGGCAGCUAAAUACUUAUGGCUUCAGAAAGAUUGAUCCAGAGAGAUGGGAGUUUGCCAAUGAAGCAUUUCUAAGAGGUCAGAAGCAUCUUCUGAGGGUUAUUAGGAGACGAAAGGCACCUUCUCAGCCUUUUCCUCCACAGCUAGCUCUUGGUCCUUAUGUUGAACUUGGAAGAUUCGGUUUAGAUGGAGAAGUUGAUCGGCUGAGAAGGGACAAGCAGGUUUUAAUGAUAGAGCUUGUGAAGCUUAGACAGCAGCAACAGAACACCAGAGCUCAACUUCAUGCCAUGGAGCUGAGGCUACAAGGGACAGAGAAAAAGCAGCACCAAAUGAUGAAUUUCUUAGCAAGAGCAAUGCAAAACCCAGCAUUCAUACAACAGUUGGUUCAACAAAAGGAGAGAAGGAAGGAACUUGAAGAAGCCAUUUCUAAGAAAAGGCGGCGGCCGAUUGAUAUAGUGCCUCAAGGUAUUGGAAUAGGAGGUGGAGAGUCUAGCCAAAGUGGCAAAAGAUUAAAUCCUAUUAAGGUCGAACCUCUUGAAUUUGGAGAUCCUUAUGGGUUUCAAGUGACUGAGCUGGACGCACUUGCAUUAGAAAUGCAGGGAUUUGGUAGAACAAGAAGGAAGCCAGAGCCAGAACAUGAAGAACUAGAGCAGUUUGAGAGUGAGGAUAGAGAACUUGAUGAGGGAUUCUGGGAAGAGUUACUGAGUGAGGAGUUUGAUGAAGAACUGGAAAUGACUGGGAACGAAGAAGGCCAAGCGAAAGAUGUGAAUGUCUUGGCUGAUAGGUUGGGGUUCUUGGGUUCAAGCCCGAAAUAGGAAGCUGGAGGAGUUCUUAUGAAUCGUUAAUCCACUUAUCUAAGCAUUGCCUAAAUGACCAUUUCAUUCAUGUUUCAAAUCACGUACCUGUGUAGUUAAUGUCUCUCUAACUUUUUGUGUAGUUAGGUCCUUGAUUGCUGUGAAGAUGCAAAUUUCUUGGGCGAUCACCUGGUUACUUGUGUUCAAAGCCUGACGAGGAAGAUCUCAAUGACCAUUGUUUUUGGGUGGUAGAUCAUCCAUAGUUGUUUGGUUUACUUUGAAUUAGGCUCUUGUUAAGACCACUGAACUGUGACUUUCUUCUGAAUUUCUUGCCAUUGACAGGAGACAGAAUUCCAAGCUUUGAAUACUCGAAAAAUAUUAUUGUUUCUGGUCUUUCUAACACUACUGAUUUUGUUUUCAGUUCGUCUUUUCUCUUGUACAUCCCUUCCUCUUAGUCGCCUGUGUCUUGAUCAAAUUGAAGGCAUAGCUUGGCCAGAUUUUGUAGAAGUCCUUGUAAUGAAAUGUCUGAAGGUUUUUGUUUUUAUUUUAUUUGUCUCCCAAAACGCACUUACCUCUGGUCUGAUUUCACCGAAUAACUGCUUUCAAGAGAAAAAAAAAAUUCAUUUGGUAACUGCCUCUGAUGAUAUAUUUUUGGAUUCCACUAUUUUAGAUUGUCUGAAGCUGUUGAACUUGAAGAUGAUAUGGCUGAAAACAAAGAAAAAAUCACAAGACAGAAAUGGUGAGAUUGUCGGUGAUGAAU